AUGACAACUCCGAUUAUCACCGCCGUCAUCGGCUUGCUAGCCGUAGUCACGCAAGCACUUGCACAGGAUGAUCCCACACAACCUGUCGUUAUUCGACUUCAUCCAAUGUCUACUAAGCCCAGGUUCCUUUCCGAGGUAUCAGCUCCACGAGCUGUUCAAGCCCCGAUUGUGCCGCCGGCACCACAACCAAAUGCUGUCGCGCCUGCGGCAACUGUAGCACAACAGCCGUUACCUCCAUCCCCACCAUCACCACAACAUCCAGUACUUCAGCAAACAGCACCACCCGGUAGCCAGCAGUUCGUACCGCGAACAGGCGGCAGCGUACCACCACCACCUCCAGUCACAAUUCCUCCAGAUGUCCAAAACCAGUUGAUCAAGUUCUUUGGACUUGAUUCAUUUGGAAUUCCUGGUCUUACUGGAAAUCAUCCUAAUGGAUUUGCUGGAGCUGUUCAGGAGCUACGGGCAGCUGGAAUUCCCGUUCAAGGUCUACCCGCAGAGCAUCUGACUGGAAAUGCUGUGGCUCAUGCAGCUCCUACCCAGUCAGAUGUCCUUGCACAAGCUAACCCGAAAUUCCAAGACCAAAUUAGUCAACUUGUAAAUGAAGCUCGAAAUCCUGGCCCUUAUGACGGAGCUGGCGGACAGAUUCCACUUCCCGCUGAUAAGCCCGGAGAGAAUGGGCUGAUCGGAUUACUGUCAAACUCUAUCCGCAAACUUGUUAAAGAAACCGGUGUAUCAGAUGCUCUGUCACAGUCGUUGCCAUCGCUCCUUGGCAACCCCCAUUCGUCAUCAUCUCGCUACGCUGCAGGUGCUGCAGGAGCUGGUGGAUCAGCAGCUUCAGCGCAGGAUGGUGUCGUCGUCUCUCAGUCUGUUGAUGACAAUGCCGUUACGAAUCAUGUCCGUGGAUCCAACAUACGUCGGCAACCUUCUACAGCUCAACGUGCCCUUUCCGGAAUCUCAUCAUUCCUCGGAGGAGGCAAUACUACUUGUUUAGGUGGUGGCAACACUCCCACUCAUGCUGGCCUGCCAAGAAUUCCAGGAAUCCCUCUUCUACCGGGAGGUAUUCCCCGAAACGCUCAGGGUCAAAUCGAUGUCGUUAACCUAAUUGGCUCCAUCACACGACGACUCUCGAACGGAACCACCUUGGCCGAUAUGCUGCCACCUGAGCAACUUCAGACGUUGGCUGAUAAUGUCACUGAUGCUCUUCUACCUGAGACUCCUACCAACUUUGACCUCAGCAAAUUCAUGGGACGAUGGUUUGAAGGAAUCAACUCACCACGUGCUACUGAACAACGAUGUGUCGUACAUCACUAUGGAGGACUAACUAAGAACGAUAAGACGGCAACCUUCACGGCUCUGAAGAUCUACAGGGAAGGAUCUGAGUUCGGACCCGUCAGAUAUUCUAUUGGUUAUGCAUUCCGUGGUGGAAACAAGGAUGCCAUGCUACAAUUGCACACUAGUGAGAGCAGUGAUGCCCAGCCCUUCUGGAUAUACAAGUUGGGUCCCGAAGGAAAGGAUCCAUUUGGUAAUCCACAAUACGAGUACGCUAUCGUGUCUAACUGGGUACGAUAUCCAGUAACAGUAUUGGUACGAGAUCCUGACACAUUCAAAGCGAAGUAUCAGACUGAGAUGGACAUUAACACGAUCACUGGUAUUAUCGGUGGUAUUGGACGAAUGUUGGAAACCAAUGUUGACACUAUCAAUGUACCGUCGGAGUUAAUAAUGGGACGGUGGUUCCAGAUGUACAAAGCAGCCAUAAAUUUCGACGUAUUCCGAACGCAGAUGUUCUGUCCGGUUGCGUACUUCUCGCCGAAUCCCAUAAUGGGUGAAGACGGUUUCUCAAUGGAAGAGGCCUAUAGAACAGUGUCAAAAACUGGGCCAAUUGAGACGUACAAACGUGAUAUGAACAAAGUUGGACCUGGUCAAUACUGGAUGUACACAGAGGAGUACUUUUACCCCAGACAAUUCUACAUCAUCGCGGCUGGUCCUUCAUUCCAUAACGAGACUGGCAAAGCAGACGAACCAAUUCAGUACAUUGCCGUCACAGACGCCAAUAGACUAUCCCUUGCAGUCUACGCCCGAGAUCCACAUAUCUUUUUCCAGAAGUACAACAAGGACAUUCUGGAGUUCAUGGAGAAGAAAGGUUUCGGUGGUCGUGUAUUCUGGAACAGUCCUCGGCCUAUCUAUCAAGGACCAGACUGUGAAUGGCCUUCAGAGAAGGAGGUCUUCGCCAGGCGAGUGCUGAAGAAUCAAGAACUGGCUGAGCGCAGCCGCAAUGGUACCGCUGAGCCAGCCAUGUCCGGUAUGCCAUUGGCGGAUAUACUGCGUGAUCCGAAGAAGACACUCGAGCGUCUCGUGGGCAACCAAGAAGUGUCCAGUAGCGCCGCGGAUCAGUCGGAUAUGCAGUGGUUGUGUGCGUUGGUUGUUGCCGUCGUGGUCAUCUCGUUGGCCAACGGUCAGCAUGACGCAUUCGCCUUACCACAAGCACCACGUUAUGCACCAAAACCUACUGUACCACCUGAAUAUUCGUCGUUUUUCGAGCUUGAUGGGCACGCUCGUGAACUCGUUGACUCAUUACUGGGACCACGUCCUGGUGGUCUUUUCCCUGAAAAGACUUAUGAGAUUGGUGCACCAUCAGAGCCGGUUAGUGGUAACAAACCUGUUCAUGUACCAUCGACUCUCGAGCGUACCCUCGAGCAGUUUUUCACUGCUCCUGAACCGGCAAGUGGCCAAGCUUUACCUCCUGGAUUCGGCUCUGGAUUCUCUUUAUUGAACAAUAACAAACCUGUAACCUCAUUCGGUUCCACUAUGCGUAGAGCUCCACAGAAGAGCACCUCAGAAGAAGUGGAAGGGUCCGGUGAAGAACCCAAAAGUUCCAUUAUGGGUAUUCCAAAGGUGUUUCCAAAACUUCCCAAGGCGCCCAUCGCUCAGCCAGAGCCAAUACGGAGACGAGAGCCAAGCAUCAUUGGAGGGACUCCUAAUCUUCCUCUGAUUCCUGCUGCCCCAGAGGUACCUGAGGGUGGAUUUCUACCCGCCGACAUCAGACGUUCACCUCAGUCCGUCUCAGGUGUAGCCUCAUCUCUUGAUGACGACGAUUCAUCGGAUAUGCUUGAGGACGAGUUCGCCGGUGAAGAGUCUUCAACUUCAUCUGGUGGUCUUAUUGGCACCAUCUUCAAUCUGAUCGGCAUGGGACAAAAGAAGCUCGCUGAGGCCAACAAGGGUGGAGCGCUUGGUGCAAAAGCCAGUGCCGAAGACAAGAAUGCUUUCGGCAAGGCUGUGUCCAACUUGAUCGGAGGAGAAAAUAGCCCACUCCCAGCUAAGAAUAUGAUCUCAAACGUUUUGUACAAGGCACUCACGUCAGGAAGCGUGCAGGUUCGUGAAAGAAUGCAGGUCAAAGCAGUAACAUUUCCAAGAGCUGUAUCUAUUCAGCCCAACGACACUAAAGCUGAGAAUCCUGAAAAUCCAUUCGCUCCUCUGAGCAACGGCUCGAUUGUUCUUACUCCUGCUCAAUCAGCGGCUAUCACAGAAAAUCUGGAAAUGGUGCAGAACUUCAUCAUUCAACCAUCGUCACCACUUUGUACUCAAAAACCGGAACCAGUUGCCUUUGAUUUCUACUCAUUUAUGGGCCAAUGGUAUCAGGUAGUCUACAGCCCACCCUUCUCUACUGGUCAAUGUAGUAUGGUAGCAUACAAGAAGCUCAACGAUGUCAAUAACGGAGGACCUGGCUCAAUUUUCGAGACCUUCGAAUAUACAACUGAUGGAACCCCUUACGGCAAGCCAAAGAUCAGUUCCGGCUAUGCAAUGAUCCGUUCGCCUGGAGAGCUCAUCUACAGGACCACAUCGAACCAAGAAGACGUGAAUGUGCACGUACUUCAUGUGGGACCGUUAAAUGCGAAUAACGAGUACGACUAUGCGAUCAUGUCAACCAACUGUAACUUCCCACUCUACGUGUUCGCUCGUGAUCCAGUUACGUAUAGGCAGCGUUACGAGACCGAGGUGAACACGAUCCUGGAGAAGAAGGGCCUUGUCAAUGGCAUAUCACGCCUUCUGAAUAUCGUUGCACCAGUAGAAAAUUCGUUGUGCACGUUCCCACCGUCACUUUUCAACAUUCACGGUUGA